GGAAAAAGUAUCUGUUUUCCACUAGAAAAUAUCUAAAUUUCUUCUUACUCAAUUGAUCUGAUUAUGUUGCCACCUAUUGAUGCGUCGGUUCUUGAAAAGAAUCCUCAGUUCGCCCAAUUUCACAAGCAACUCUCCUUGUCCAUUCUCAAUUCUGAUGGGUCUACCAAACAAAGUGCAGAGAGAAAAAAGGCUUCAAAUACGCCUUCGCAGGAGAAAUUGGCUGCCUUUCAAUUAUACUCUGCAAGGCUUCGACUUCUGCGAUGCUCACUUUCAGAGAUCACAUGCCGGGUCGAGGAAUUGCCUGAAGAGCUGCUUGAAGUAAUUGAAAUCAUAUCGGCGCAAUUAAAUACACCGUAUUUCCCUAGCGACUGGGAAAUACUUCAAGAAGACGUCAUCUAUUUUGAGGAUCAUAUCAAAUCAAUCGGAAAGGUUGUUUCUGACCACUUGACCUCUACUGCACUGCAGCUUUCAAAGAUAAUACAUUGUACAGAUAACGUUCCUGCAAAGUCCGCUCGGAGCUUGAUAUCCAGCCUUCCCCAGGAACUUGCAACGCGUCGUGCCGAGACCUUGGAGAAGCAGGAGUCUCUUCUCAGCCAACGACUUGCGCUCGGCCAAUUAGCAUGUCGAAUUCUUGAGGCUCAUAAGGAAUAUUUAGAGACCAUUAUACGCUUUCUAGAGCAAUCUAAACAUGGAAACUUCUCAAGAGGGCUGAAAGCUCAGGCAGAGCACCUGGCCGCUCUCGCUGAUAUCAUGGACGGUAAAUUACAAAUUUUAGAAAGUGAUGCUAUCUCCCAAAUAUACACCCCAGAUGUUCAGUCUGCCCUCUGUCACUACUAUAAUCAUCUUAAGGAUACCAUCACCAGGUUGCAGCAGCGGCGCAAAACUGCCAAUGAGAUACUUGGGCAAUAUGAAAGCGCCGGCCCAGGCAUGAAUGAGAUUGCAUCAAAAUACGGCCAAUUUCAGAAAGAGAUUGAGGCUGCAAGGGCCGAUAUACAGCGGCUUGGGGGCCAGCCCUAAGGGAUAACUUUAGUUUUGCCUGUUCAAUAACUUAAAGUUUUCAGCGUGGAGCCGCGCUGAGCACUCUGAUUCUCAAUGCAUCAAAAUGCUGACCUUUGGGAAAGUCGCUCUAAAGGAGCAUCCCGCAUCGAACCUCGACUCGGAGAGACGGUGCGUCAUUGCUCGACUCAAAAAGGAAUCCGGAACAUGAGUUAGUACAAGAUUCGGAGAUUGCACAAGAAAGCGAACAAAGACGAUCAACUUGAAAUGAGCACGGACAAUGACGAAUAAUGGUUUUAUAACAAUGGAACAAAGGCUCCAAGCUUUACAUAUAAAGGCAUUGUUACGCCUUGAGGUAAUCAGAUC